GGAUGCGGCAGCUGAGGCCGGGCCUGGUUCGGGGCAACGCCUGGAAAAUCUCCGCGGCGCCGUCCGCCCCCGCGGAGGGUCCGCCUGGCGCCAUGCGGUGGCCGCUGGCCGGGCUGCUGCUGGCGCUGCUCCCCGGCGGUCCCUCCGCGCCCGCUCAGCCCCUGGCAGCGGGCACCGGCACGGCGGCUGGGGUUUUUGAAGAUGAUCUGUGGCUUCAGAAGGAGGUGGGAUGCCUAGGAAUGGCAGCAGUGCCCUUACCUGUGGUCAUUCAGGCAAGCAAAGCCCCUCACCAGCUCCUGACCUCGGCAGCCUCGGACAGCCAGUGGAGCCACUCACUGUUUGCCCUGAUUCCUGCUUGGACGAAGAAGGUGCUGUUCAAACGGGAGUCUGACACCAGCCACCUGCCGCCUGAAGAUAUGUCGAAUAUGUCAGUGUCUUCUGAAUUUGGAAUAACCCUUCAGAAAUGUGGUAUGGUGGAUGUUGAACAUGACCCUCAAACUGCAUACAUUACACUUGUGAUUAAUAACACCAACACAUUGCUCUCAACAAACAUCACAGAUCUUAUCCUCAUGGACAACAUCACUGGUCUACAUGUUAAAAAAAACAGUGGGAAUAAGACCACAGAUGGCAUACAGAUUUACAGGAAAAGUUUCUUGCAAGGUGGAGAACACUUUGCAAUCAACUACUCUGCGCUUCUUGAUGCAGAAGAAAUGUGGCAUGGCAGGGUCUUGACACUGCCUGUGAAGCUAACUUUCAAGAGUUCAUCACAGAAUAAAACACAUCUUGUAUCAUUGACAGCAUCACUUACCAUAACGGAAGAAGAAAAGACCAAGAUUUUAUACAACCAUGCCAUCAGUGCUUCAGCAUUCUUCAUUGCUUUUUUCAUUUCCCUUGUGUUGACAUGUGCUGUCUUUUUCAUCAUUUACCGAACCCAAGUAUUAAAAUGGAGUUUCUGUAGUAAAAACCAGGAGAUACAGCCUGCUCUCAGCCAAAAUCACAAACUGGAGCAUUCUCAAUUUAAUUCAGGUGAACUCUUUAGUGAAGAUAUAAUUAUGAACGACCAAAUCAUUGAUAUUCUGUCCUUUGAAGAACCUGGGAGCAUGCGUCAGGCUUUAGAAGAUUUGGAGGUUGCCAGCCUGACACGAGCAGAUGCUGAUCUGGAGGCCAAUCGAACACAGAUCUGUAAAGAAGUGAUUGCUAUGAUGUUCAAAAACAUGGUCUUAAAUCACAACCUCUUUCCUCACGUGGAGAAGAAGAUAAGUUCAGUUUUCAGAAAGCAGUUUCUUGCAAUGGAGGAAGAGAUUCAGGAGGAAUAUGAAAGGAAGAUGGUGGCUUUAACAGCUGAAUGUAAUCUGGAGACUAGGAAGACAAUGGAGGCUCAAUGCCAAAAAGCACGAGCUGUAAAUGAAGAGGCUGAGGAAUUAAUGAAGAAAAUUAAUGAAAAGCCUGCUAUAGAAUACAGAAGUCUUCUGGACAAACUUCACAGACUGGAGCAGGACUGCCUGAAGAGGUUCCUUUUCGUAAAGCAGGAGGAAUAUUUUGCAAAGGCUUAUAGAGAGCUGGCUGUUACCCAAAGAAAGGAGCUCCAUACUAUCUUUUUUACACAGAUAAUAAAUGCCACUUCAAGGGGAGAACUGAAGGUGGAAGCAGCUAAAACAUUAGUGGAAGGUUACUCUAAAAUACAGGGUGACAUCGAAGAUCUAAUGGAUUUUUUGCAAGCUUGCAAGAAAUAUCAUCUGGGUAAAAGAUUUUCUUACAGAGAGUAUCUUAUAAGUAAGAUACAGUCAAGGGAUUCUCAUGUCUCUGCUCUUAUAAAUGCUGCAGCAACCCAGAUAACAAGUCUCAUUAACAAGACAGAAAGAGCAGGUCAUCUACCUGAAAGUCAUUUGGGAAUCCUGCUGGACCGAGCUGAGGCUGAAAUUAAUUUUGUUAAACAGAAAUUUGAUCAUGAUUUAAAACAAGAAAAGCAGAAGCUUUGCCAGAAACUCAUUACCAAGCGAAGGCGGGAAAUGCUGCAAAAGCAGAAAGAGCUUCAGAAGGAGCAGCUGUCACUUGGAGACCCCUUCAAAACUACUGAUGACAUCUCUCAUUACCUGAGACACUGGAAAAAUCUUCUGAGUGAUCGCACCAUUGAAUUUGAAGAGCUUACUGAAAAGCUUGACAAUGAGGCCAGCGAAGAGCUGAAGGAGCUUCUAUUUAGCCUAGCAGAGAAAGCUGUUGAAGAGCUUAAACGUGUUCAGUGUGGAGUGUUUGUGCAAGAGCUGGUCAAGCUCCAUGUGCCAAAGUUGUUCCUCCUAGAAGCUGUGGAGGAGCACAAAAAAGAGAUGGUAAUUAAACACACACAGCUUGAAAGGGAAGAACAUGACAAGAACAUGGCUGCUGAAGAGCUGCUUCAGCUCACCAGGCAGAAGCUAAGCCAAGAGCUGGAAACAGGCAUCUCGGAACAAAAGAAAAUAAGGAGCUGGGAGCAGUCAAUAUUCAUGCAACUUCUAGGUGUAUCCCUCUCACUCUCAGAAGAGGAGUUGCUUAGAAUGAGGCAGGAGUUGCACUGCUGCUUCUCCCAGGUGGACAGCAGCUUGGCAUGGCCCAAGAUAAGAGCCAGAACCUUGCUUCAGGCUUUUGAAGUGGAGCAGAGGGACACCGAGUUGCUGAAAGUUGAGCAGAAUUUAGCAAUGACCAACGAACAGCAGCAUUCUAAAACGGGGAAAACGGGAUCCAGGAAUAGAAAUAAGUUAGAUAUUCUGAAGAAAUCUUUACAGGACAAAAUUGUAAUUUAUGAAGACUCGGUGAAAGGUGAAAAUUUGAAUAAGAUUAAGUAUGAGUUGCAGCUUGAAAAAGAGUGUCACCUGCGCAAUCUGGAAAAUAAACUUGGAGAGUAUAGUGCUUCUUUGGCCUUUCAAAAGACUGUUAAAAAAUCCAAAAUGCUGGAGCUGUAUACUGCUAUCAUAAAUGUGCAAGCUUUGCUCUUUGAACAACUGAACACAUCAAAAACCCUGUCAAAACUGGAAUGCAUUCAAAUUUUAGAAGCACAUCAUCCUGAGAUUGAAGAACUUGAAAAGAAGCUGGAGUAUGAGAUGUUGCAGAAGGAGACAGCACAUCAGCAUCUAACGAGUAGGCAGAGGUGGAUUCUGGAUGGUUUGGGACUGUCAAAUGAAUCUGUGGACACGAAUGCAGAAAGACAUGUGACAGUUCUGUUAAGACGGGCCAUGAAUAAAUGUAAACAAUUUAUACAGCUGUACCAGCAAAGCUUGAGAGAUGAGCAAUGGAAUUGUGUGGUACUUGAAGAUCUCCUGGAAAAUAUAGAAACAAAUGCAUUUUUGGCAAUUUAUAGUCAGGAGCUCCGUCUGGCAGGUUAUUUAGCUAAACUGACGAGGGUGCCACUGGGGGUCUUGCACAGGGUUCUGAACUUGUUGCUGCCUUCCAGCUCACAAAGUGAGGUUCUUUCUGUCCUCGAUUCCAUCAGUAAAUAUUCAGAUGGUGGUGUUGAAAGUGACAGUAAUGCAGAUGAGUCUGGCAGCUGUAAGAAAAGGAAGAGCCAAGAAUUGUGGCAAACGCUGGAGAACAAAAUAAGGCAAGAGCUGAUAAACAGAAGUUUAGAAAUGAUCCCGCCUCUAAACAAGAGAAAAGAAAGUUUGAUAAAGAAGAAGCGACUUGCUGUCUUGGAAAAAGCAGCGUUCAUACAUCUGGGAUGCUCACCCGCACAUCCUCCUGUGGAGCAGCCUGAUCCACCUGUUUCUCUGAGCUCUGCAGCUGCUGAAGCCAUAGAGCUGUUAGACACAGGGGAGAAGAUACUUUUAUUCCGUGAGCCAAGUGAUCCAAUACUUUCUUUGCAUAAUUUUCCAAGAAAAAAGAAAAAGAACUUUCUUAAUUCUAAAAAGACUGCUUGUGCAAAGAUGGACUCAUAAGAGCAACUUCCAUUCAUUUAGGGAAGAGGAAGUUAUUUAAAAUUCAGUAAAAUGAUGAGGAAGAAUCAAGUGUACGGUUCAAAUAACGUGUUGUUUUAAUCUGAUUUGUCUGAUAUUGGAAAUAGAUUUAGAAUGGCACAGUCAGUGAUGUGCAUCUUGCAUUUUUUAAUUCUUGUCAGUGCUUUGUUGCACUAGGUGAAGUAUGGAUUUUCUGUGAUGCACAUUCUGGCAGGCAGGGCACUGUGUUCCUUUACUACAUUUUGGUCAUUUUUGCACUGAUUUUGCCAUAGCUGUAUUUUCAUAAUUUAUACAGAAAGGUUAUUUAUUGUAUAUAGUAGGUACUGAUUUACUAUUCUUGUAUUUUUAUUGUUGUUGUAAGCUGCAGUAUAGGAGAUGACAUGAAGAGAUGAAGUAGGUGAACCACGUCCUCUGAUCUCUGAUUUUAUGUUAUUCUAGUUAAUUUACUGUUUAACACUGUGUUUAUAAUAGGCUUUGCCUGUUACUUUUGCAGUCUCUUCUGCAAUGACAGCUGUUAGUCCAGAUCUUUACCAUAUACUUGUAUACUUAGCCUUACACCCUGGAGUAACUUCAGCAUUUCACUGUUUCUAAAUUUAUUUAGUUUAACUUUGAGUGUGGCUACAGUUCCAAACUGUUAAAUAUUUACAACCUGUUGCAGUCUUUUCCUUGGUGAGACAGUGUUAUCACAUUUGCUCAGCAGAAAAGUGAAAAAUGUAAAUUGACAUGUAAUAAUACCUUCAGAAGCUCCUUUGAUUGCAGUGCUGCAAAUUUUCACAAAUUUAGAUAUUUUUGACGCUGAUAUUCCUGAAUUUCUCUAAAUUGAUGAGAAUAUUAUUUUACACUUCAAAAAGAGUUAACUUGUCUAGUUGACUCGAAGAAUCCUAUAAAUAUGAAUCCAAAAAAGAGGAACAGGAAAAAGCUAAUUAAAAUAACCACAUGUAUUUGUUAAUAUUUUAUAUUAUUCAAGUCUGUUUUGAGGAGGUUGUAACUGUAUUUGAAUGCUGUGCUCUGAGACCACUGUGAUCAUAUAUUUUGUAUUUUUUCAUGUACAGAUUCUGUGCCUUUUUAUUAAUAGGGUGCCAUAUUAUUUAAAAAUUAAAAUGUUACAAUAUUCAUGUA